GGCGCCGCGUAGGCCCGGGAGGCCGGGCCGGCCGGGCUGGGAGCUCGAGUCCCAUGCGCCGCCACCUCCCUCCACGAUGUUCCCCUCCCGGAGAAAAGCGGCGCAGCUGCCCUGGGAGGAUGGCAGGUCCAGGUUGCUCCCCGGCGGCCUCCCCCGGAAGUGCUCCGUCUUCCACCUCUUCGUUGCCUGUCUCUUACUGGGCUUCCUCUCCCUGCUCUGGCUGCAGCUCAGCUGCUCCGGUGAUGUGGCCCGGGCAGCCCGGGGACAAGGGCAGGAGACCCCGGGCCCACCCCGGUCCUGCCCCCCCGAGCCACCUCCUGAGCACUGGGAAGAAGACUCAUCCUGGGGCCCCCACCGCCUGGCCGUGCUGGUGCCCUUCCGUGAGCGCUUUGAGGAGCUCCUGGUCUUUGUGCCCCACAUGCACCGCUUCCUGAGCAGGAAGAAGAUCCAGCACCACAUCUACGUGCUCAACCAGGUGGACCACUUCAGGUUCAACCGCGCGGCCCUCAUCAACGUGGGCUUCCUGGAGACCAGCAACAGCACGGACUACAUCGCCAUGCACGACGUGGACCUGCUGCCCCUCAAUGAGGAGCUGGACUACGGAUUCCCCGAGGCCGGGCCCUUCCACGUGGCCUCCCCGGAGCUCCACCCGCUCUACCACUACAAGACCUACGUGGGCGGCAUCCUGCUGCUCUCCAAGCAGCACUACCAGCUGUGCAACGGGAUGUCCAACCGCUUCUGGGGCUGGGGCCGCGAAGACGACGAGUUCUACCGCCGCAUCAAAGGGGCCGGGCUGCAGCUUUUCCGCCCCUCGGGAAUCACAACUGGGUACAAGACAUUUCGCCACCUGCAUGACCCAGCCUGGCGGAAGAGGGACCAGAAGCGCAUCGCCGCUCAAAAACAGGAGCAGUUCAAGGUAGACCGGGAGGGCGGCCUGAGCACCGUGAAGUACCGCGUGGAUUCCCGCACCGCCCUGUCGGUGGGCGGGGCCCCCUGCACUGUCCUCAACAUCCUGUUGGACUGUGACAAGGCCGCCACCCCCUGGUGCACAUUUGGCUGAGCCAGCGGGUCAGUAAGGAAGCCCGUGCCCACAGGCCACACAGCUCCUCAGGCUCAGGACAAAGCCUCAGGACCGGGGCCCGACUCCAGUAGGAUGUGGAGGGGCCCAAAGCAGCGGCUAGCAAGCCACCUGCUUGCAGCAGCCCGGCCCCCCCCGGGGCAGGCUGGAGCUGGGACAGGACACCCUUGGGCGCCCGGGACGCUGCUAGCAAUGAACAGCGAUGGAGAGAGGCUGGAACGCGGCUCUCACCUGGGACUGCCCACCCCCUUCCUACUUGCCCUGUCCUGCCCGCCUUGGUGCACUUAGACCUGAGGGCUUUUGGUUCCUUCCCCUGGACCGCCUCGGGCAGAAGCCAGGCGGCGGACAUCGGUGGCCAGGUGAUCCAGAAGGUUGGAACUGCAGAAACCGGCAUGCAAGUCCCACAGGAAGGGAACCUGCGGAGGCCAGCUCCCGCUGGGUGUCAACUGUGCAGGAAUGUGGGCCCCGUGUUGCCAGAUCUUCUGAUUUUUUCAAAAGAAACUAGAAUUCUGGAUUCUUACGUGAAAUCGGGUACUUUUUAAACGCUAGCAACUAAUUGAAACUUCAGAAAAGGGUGGUGGGCCAGACAAAACGUGUUGUGGACCACCAGUUUGUCACCUGUGACCAAGCGGAGGGAGAUGGGGCAAAAGAUGGCAUCUCCCUUAGUGA